AUGGCUCAAAACAAGAUUCUCUAUUCUGCAAAGCUUGACGAGAACAUGCGAAGAUCAGCCUACUUUGAGACAAACAAGAGAACCGUCAAAUCAAACAUCAUGGUGAAGUUUGUGACGAAGGCAAUGGAUAUCAAGCUUCAAGGUGAAGCCAAUUUCACGACUACUCUUGAAGAUCCGAUGGAUCUCUUGAAACGUAUUGAACGAUUCAUGAAGAAGUGUGCUGAUGCUGACUAUGAUUUCUUGGAUUUCUGGGAAGCGAAUCAAAAGUUCUUUGCUAUGAAGCAUGUAACAACGGAAAACUUCAUGCAUUUCAAGGAACGAUUCUUGAGACAGGCUGAAGUCCUGCAAGAUCUAUAUGGCGUGGCCUGGUUCCAAGAUUUUGCAGUCAAGAUGAAAGCGUAUGCUGCUAUUGUUAGCACCGAUACUGCUGCUCAAAACAAGUUCAAGGAUGAUAUCUUUGAAGCCGUUCUUGCAACAGGAUUUCUAUGCAACAGCGAUCGAACGAGAACAGCUCCUCUGAUGCUGGAUCUUCAGACGAACUAUUGCAGAGAAGUGGAUUAUUAUCCAAAGACGGUCAGCAAAGCACAAGAUAUGUUGAAAAUUCACAUGGAAGUGAGUAAAAAUCCUAGAGUGAACCUCUACCAAGGAAAGGACCAACCUAAUAAAGGUAAAGGUAAAGGUAAAGGUAAAGGAAAAGGAAAGGGGAAACCAAAGGAUGGAAAGAAGAAGGCAGCAUGUUAUGUAUGUGGCAACAAAGUCCAUAUGUCUCCAAAAUGCCCAGACAGUUAG